AUGGCUGCCCAAGAAAAGCUUAUAAUGACUUCAGAAUCAGUAAGAUCAGCUACAAUAAAACUUUUCACCCCUUCAUUGAUUAUUCAAGUAAUGCUGAUAGGAAAUGUUUUAUGUGGGCAUGUGCUUAUUUGGCCAACAGAUGCUAGCCAUUGGUUAAAUAUUAAAAUAAUCAUUCAGGAACUGAUAAACAGAGAUCAUCAUGUCAGCAUCCUUAUUCCAACAACAUCUCUCUUCAUCAAACCUGGAGAUAUUCCAGCUGCCAACUUUGAAGUGUAUUCUGUUCCCUUUACAAUGGAAGAAGUCAAUUCUUUGACCAUGGAUAUUAUGAAGUUGUGGUGGAAUAACAAACCAUCUAUUACGACCUUUCAUAGGUUUUAUCAGGAACUAGAGAAAUUGAUGGAGAAAAUAAAUAAAUUCAAUAGGCAAAUGUGUGAAGCAGUUCUGUCUAAUCAAGAACUCAUGUCUAAGCUAAAGAAUGCUAAAUAUGAUGUGCUUCUUUCUGAUCCUGUGACACAGUGUGGCGAUUUGAUUGCUUUGAAGCUGAACAUCCCAUUCUUAUACACAUUGAGGUUCUCUCCAGCCUCAACAGUGGAGAGACACUGUGGAAAAAUGCCUGCCCCUCCUUCUUAUGUUCCAGCUGUUUUAUCUGGGUUCACAGACAGAUUGUCAUUUGGAGAAAGGAUUAAAAAUAUUAUCUCUUAUUGCAUUCAAGACUAUGUUCUCCAAAAAUAUUUGGGGGAAUGGGAUUCCUAUUACAGUCAAGUUUUGGGGAGACCCAUAACAUUGUGUGAAAUAAUGGGUAAAGCAGAAAUGUGGUUAGUCCGAACCUACUGGGAUUUUGAAUUUCCACGACCUUUUCUCCCAAACUUUGAAUUUGUUGGAGGUCUGCACUGCCAGCCAGCCAAGCCUUUAUCUGAGGAAAUGGAAAAUUUUGUACAGAGUUCAGGUGAACAUGGUAUUGUGAUAUUUGGUUCACUGGUUCAAAAUAUAACAGAUGAAAAAAAUAAUAUAAUUGCGUCAGCACUCAGCCAGCUUCCACAGAAGGUUAUUUGGCGGUAUAAAGGGGAAAAGCUAGAAAUGCUUGGAGCCAAUACCAGGAUCUAUGAUUGGAUACCACAAAAUGAUCUUCUUGGCCACCCAAAGACCAAAGCUUUUAUAACACAUGGUGGAACAAAUGGAAUUUAUGAAGCCAUUUACCAUGCGAUUCCCAUAGUAGGGAUUCCCCUAUUUGGAGACCAGACUGAUAAUAUUAUCCAUAUGAAGGCGAAGGGAAUGGCUGUGGCACUGGACAUCCACACAAUGAAAACCGAAGAUUUAGUAAAUGCUGUGAAUACUGUCAUUCAUAAUGCUUUUUUUAAGAAAAAUGCGCUAAAAAUAUCAGAGAUCCAUCAUGAUCAACCAAUAAAGCCACUAGACCGGGCUAUCUUUUGGAUUGAAUUUGUUAUGCGUCACAAAGGUGCCAAGCAUUUGCAAGCAGCUGCCUGUCACUUGACUUGGUAUCAGUAUCACUGUCUGGAUGUCAUAGCCUUCUUGAUUGGCUACUCAGUAAUUUUUGGAUUCAUUGCUUUUAAAUGCUGCUCUUAUUGCUUUUGGAAAUGUGGCAACAUUUUACAAAAAUCAAAAACAGAUUAA